CUCACCGCGCAGGCGCUGAUCUGAGCUACACGCGGGACCAGGAAGAGAAUGGACCCGAACCGGGGGACCGAGGGUGAAGAGGUGACUAGACCAAGAGAGAUGUGGUACAGCCAUAAAAUGUACUCCCGAUAUUGGCAGCAUUAUCAACAAGCCAUGCUGUGGUUGCAGAAACACAGACGAGCAUACCGGAAGGCAGUUGAGUCACUUCAGUACCCAGCCUGGUCCAGCCCUGAGCUUGGGGCUUGUCGCCUCACUGAUUGGCACGAGGAUGCAGCUCACAGAGCCAGGUACGGGCAGGGCCAGCAGUGGCGGCGCCCACACGGGUCGAAGAGGCAAGAGGAAAACUUUCAGGAUGAAACGGAUCCCUAUUCGGACAUGGAUGAGGAGUCAGAGAGUGAAAUAGAGUGUGAUGUCAGCGGCGUAGAGAUUACAGAAGAACUCCGCCAGUACUUUGAACAGACAGAAAAACACAGGGAGGAGUUAAAACGACAGCAGGAGUAUGACGAUGAGCAGCAGAAAAUGUAUGUUUUGGCAGACCAUGAUUUUCACAGCACGAUGGGGAGAACAGUGCAACCACCAGCAGAGAGGCCCGGUGAGAGGAGAGUGGUGGAAAUGAAGAGACUCUAUGGAGAAUCUGCUGCUAAAAUCCAAGGAAUGGAAACAGCAAUGCAACUUACUUUUGAUAGGAAGUGUGAUAAAAAGCAGCCCAAAUACUGGCCUGUAAUUCCUCUGAAACUCUAAUUGUAUUUUCUCACUUCACAAUGUUUUAUUUGCAUUGGAGGCUGGGAUUAAAAGGCAACGGGAGGUCUCAUUUUUUAAAAGUGUAUUUGAGAGUUGCAUUAAUUUCAAGGAUUUUUUUAACUUCUCUGUGCAGAUGUACUCAUUAAAUAGAAGUACGUUUAUGUUUUUUUCAAAGAAAAUGCCAUUACUUGCUUGUAACAAUACAACUAUAAAUCAGUUUUCUCUUUUCUGUUCAAUUUGUUCUUUUGAAUAGUUUUGAUAAAGGGGGAUGAGAAUUAAUGAUGUCAACAGUAUGAAAGAAAGCAUCUUUGGGGAUAUUGUUCAACCAAAGGGUAGGGUGGGGGGGAGGAGCUGAAUUAACAUCUCUAGAUUACCAACCAGUGUUAAUGACUAAGUGAGUGUACAACCUUAGUCUGUGUGUUAUUUUGGCUUCCUUGCCUUUUCUGAUUACAAUGCUUGUAUUCUACAGGUUUCCACAAUUUGGUUAAACAAUUUUUUUUGUGUUUUAUAUGCAUAGACUAUCUCUAACGUAUUUCUUCGUUGGUCCCUUAUGAAUGAGAUCAGAGCUAAAUGACAGUUUAAUACAAAACUAUUGAACAAAUGUAAUAGAUUAUGGCAAAUCUUUUAAUCCUGUUUCUCUUGCCUUUUUCCAAGACCCUUAAUACUCUUACUUCCCAAGUAUCUAUCUUCUCUUCCUUUAAAGUAUCCCAAUCAAUUUUUAAGGCUUCUUAGGCAAUCCAAUACCCAUCUUUCUUUUAAACAUCCUAAUUGAUUCUGUCUAUAAUGCAUUCCAGAUUUUC